AACCAAACCAAAACAAUGGAGCUCUCCCUCUCCGCGCGCCUCGCCCUCCCGCUCUCGCCGGCGGCGGGGACGGCGCGGCCGCGGCGGCCGGCCGCCUUCGCCUGCCGCUGCUGCUCCGGCGGCGCCUCCCACGACGGGACCACCCGGCGGCGAUGGCUCGCCUCCCUCCUCGCCGCCACCGCUGCAGCUGUGGGGAUUGGCGUGGCUGGGGGAGACGCCGAUGCGGUGUCUACCAGCCGGAGAGCGCUCAGGAGCGCCAAGAUUCCGGAGAGCGAGUUCACCACCCUGCCCAAUGGCCUUAAGUAUUACGACAUCACGGUGGGAUCUGGGCUCAAGGCUGUUAAGGGAUCCCGUGUCGCAGUACAUUAUGUGGCCAAGUGGAAGGGCAUAACAUUCAUGACAAGCAGGCAGGGUCUCGGUGUUGGUGGCGGAACGCCAUAUGGGUUUGAUAUUGGCAAUUCUGAAAGAGGCAAUGUUCUAAAGGGAUUGGAUCUUGGGGUUGAGGGAAUGAAGGUUGGAGGCCAGAGGUUGAUCAUAGUUCCUCCUGAGCUGGCUUAUGGGAAGAAGGGCGUUCAGGAAAUUCCUCCAAAUGCAACUAUUGAGCUGGACGUUGAACUACUAUCAGUUAAACAGAAUUCAUAUGGGACUCCUGUGAAGAUCAUUGAAGGAUAGAUGUGCAUAGACUUCUGCAGUAAGUAGUAUAUAACAUACGUGAUUUGGACAUGCCGUUUCAACAGCUGGAGAAAUAAAGGGCUAGAUGUAUCUAAAUUCAUUGGUGGCGCUGCAUAGAUAAGUGCAUGAUCAUGUAAGGAUUUGAACUGAGUUGAAAUAUAGACUUGCCAGAUUCUCUCUUGAAUA